AUGCAAAAACUGACGGAGCGCAUAGAUGACCUGAAGCAGAGAAUCGCUGCUUGGGGAAAGCAGAUUCGGCGAUAUACUGAGAGCUCGACACGGUUCAACCAGAAUCGUCUCUUACAGAGUGAUCAGAAGAGGCUCUAUAAUUCAUUGAAGCGACCAAUGUUAAGUGGAACGGGCCCAGCACCGAACCAGGCCGACACGGUCGCAUUCUGGCGCAGCUUGUGGUCAGAGCCCGUAAACCACAGUGAGGGCUCUUGGGUGUAA